AUGGGCACAUUAUUUUCCAAAGAAAAGUCUGGUUCAGACAGUUUCGAGAAGGUGCUUUCUAAAUACGACGAUGAUGUCCAGAAAUACGAAAUACAGCUAUCCGAUAUCCGAAUUCAAGAUCGUCGAGUGAGUAUUCUAUGGGUAUUGUAUUCAACAGUGCUGUGGGCCGUCUAUAUUGCAUAUUAUCUGUAUAUGCUGCAUGGUGGAUAUUCAAACAAUAUACAGGAGCAAUUGUUGGCUGCAACACCUAUUCUACUUGGACCUAUAUGUAUUUACUAUGUGAGAAGGGGUCUCAAAUGGGUUUACAACAAGCGCUUAAACAACAUUACCACCAGGUUGAAUACACUUCGCAAGAAGCAAAAGCUAAAGGUGGAGGAAUUGAAGAAGAAGACUGCCUAUUAUACAACAAAAUCAUUGCUGGAACGAUACGAUCCAGCAUCAGAAAAGAAAAGGGAAUUGGAUGAAAUCAAGAGAAACAAGGUGAUCGAAGAGCGAGAGAGACAGAAGGCAUUGCAAAAGCAAAAGCAAUCUGACAAGAAUCCAGCAUCGGUAAUAAAUCAACAACCUCCAUCACAGCCAUGGUAUGACAAGUUAGUGGAUGCCUUGGUUGGCGAUGUUGGACCAGAAAGCAAAUAUGCAUUAAUUUGCAUUCAUUGUAAUGCGCAUAAUGGGUUGGUUCUGCCACAAGAAGUGAAUACAAUUCAGUACACUUGCCCUCAUUGCCAUCAAUUCAAUCCCUCACGAAAAUCACGUAUGCCUCACCCUGAAGGAUCUGUGCUACCAACGGUGCCACCAAAACCAGAUCAUGACGAAAGUAUCAAUCUUGUCACCAGCGACAGCAGAAAUAGUAACAACAGUGUUACAAAAGGCACGUUAUUACGACAGCGAAAGACCACAGAAGACAAAGAGGAACCAGCAAAGCCCUAUUCCAUUGAAUGA